UACAUAGGAGGUUUCUUAUUGUGCUAUUCUGAAUAAAGCUGGAGAAGAGACGUGGUUAUAAGGAAGCUGGGCACUUAAGCAGGAAGAGUCAAGCUUUUUUAUUGCUGGGCUGAGUGUGCUUCCUGCUAUAUAAAUCUCCUCUGGACUGCCCAGCAUAUGAGAGUCCGUUCCCCCCGGAUGAAAGGGAAGGGCCAAUAUCUUACCGUUGACUAGGCCUUCUCUUUAGGGACAGACACAACAGCAGCGUGAAAGGCAGCAAGAAGACACCUUUUGCUGACCCUGAACCAGCAGGACCAUGGCAUACAUGCUGGAGGAAAUAGCGAGACCUUCCCUUUCCACCCUAUCCCUAUGUGCAGGGCUUUGCCUCAUCUUGGUGCUGCUAAAAGUGCUUCAGCUGUAUUGGAAGAAAAAAGAGCUCAUCAAAGCUCUUGAGAGCUUCCCAGGCCCGCCCAGACACUGGCUAUAUGGCCACAACCCUGAGAUCUCUCAAAGUGAAGAAUUAAGCAAGGUGCUGGCUUGGUCUGAAAAAUACUCGUAUGCCUUCACCAGAUGGUUUAGGGGGUUCAUACCUACCUUGGUAAUCAGUGAUCCCGAUUAUGCCAAAACUGUGUUUAGCCGACGAGAUCCAAAGACUGAUCUAGCCUACAAGUUCAUCAUUCCCUGGAUUGGAAAGGGAUUAUUGAUUUUAAGUGGGCCAAAGUGGUUCAAGCAUCGGAGGCUGCUGACUCCAGCAUUUCAUUAUGACAUAUUGAAACCUUACGUGUCAUUGAUUUCAGAUUCUACCAAAGUGAUGCUGGAUAAAUGGGAACAGCUGAUCACACAGAAUAAGUCAGUGGAGCUUUUUGAACACGUCAGUUUGAUGACCCUGGACAGCAUCAUGAAGUGUGCUUUCAGUUAUCAUAACAACUGCCAGACCAACACUGACCUGGACUAUUACAUCAAAGCUGUGUAUGACCUGACCUACCUGGUGUUCCAUAGAAUUAAAUUUUUCCUGCCUAAAAGUGAUUUCCUCUACCAACUCAGUCCCCAGGGACGCCGCUUGCACAAGGCUUGUAAGCUAGCACAUCUCCAUACAGACAAUGUAAUAAAAGAGAGAAAGAAGAUGCUUCAAGAUGAGAGAGAACUUGAAAAGAUCAGGAAGAAGAGACACUUGGAUUUUCUCGACAUUCUUCUCUGUGCCAAGGAUGAAAAUGGAGUUGGAUUAUCUGAUGAGGACCUACGUGCCGAGGUGGACACGUUCAUGUUUGAGGGUCAUGAUACCACGGCCAGUGGGAUCUCCUGGGUGUUAUACUGCAUGGCUCUGUACCCAGAGCACCAGCAAAGAUGCAGGGAAGAGAUCCAGGAGAUUCUGGACGGCCGGGACACAGUUCAGUGGGAGGACCUUGGUAAGAUGACUUAUACCACCAUGUGCAUCAAGGAGACCCUGCGUUUGUACCCACCAGUCCCUGGGGUGGCCCGACAGCUCAGCAAACCCAUCACGUUUAUCGAUGGCCGGAGCUUACCAGAAGGACUAGUGAUUUCAGUGAGCAUUUAUGCCCUCCAUAGGAACCGGAGCAUGUGGAAAGAUCCAGAGGUGUUUGAUCCAAUGAGGUUUUCACCGGAGAACACCUCCCAGCGGCACUCGUAUGCUUUCCUGCCCUUUGCAGCUGGAGCCAGGAACUGCAUCGGGCAGCAGUUUGCCAUGAACGAGAUGAAAGUGGCUCUCGCCCUGACCCUGCUGCGCUUUGAACUCUCCCCCGACCCGGCCAAGCCCCCCAAGCCGGUCCCUCAGCUUGUCCUCAAGUCUCAGACCGGGAUACACCUGUUCUUAAGGAAACUUCCUUGAUACCAUGGAAAGCAGGGAGCAUCACAGGGGCUUCUGCAACAUUCACUUGUUACCAAGGGAGUGCAAGCAAUAUACUUGCUUAGAUGCAUACCCCUGUUCAGCCAGCCCUGGCUAUAAUUUCUCUUUGGCCGCUCGGUGCCAGUUUUCUGUUGCCUCCCCAAAGAUUGGGGGAAGCAAGUCUCAAGGGAAGAGAACGCACAUUCUGACCAUGACAAUAAAAAAAAGCCACAGACUCGCC